AUGGACUUCCUUGAUGACAUUCUGUUCCACCCCAUCGUGGCCUUCACCAAGAACAGCCGCAUGCUGGUACGCAAGUGCCAGAAACCGAACUACAACGAGUUCACGACGGCUACCAUCGCCGCGUUGAUCGGCUUCUUCAUGAUGGGCUUCCUCGGCUUCUUUGUUAAGUUGGUGUUCAUCCCGAUCAACAACGUCAUUCUUGGUGCGUAA